AUGAAUAAUUCUUCAAAUUCUAAUUCUAGGUAAUCUGCACAAAACAUCAUAAACAAAUAUGAACAAAAUAAUAAUGAAGAUAGAUUUACAUUUUAAGUAAGACCAAAUUCACCAAGGGAAACUUUUGGAAAACAAACCUAACCAAGAAAUGGCCAAGUUCAAAUCCUUAGAGAUAUUGAUUAGGCUAAUCUUUCAAAAAUGCUUAGUGAUUUUUCCAUUGUUUCAGAAUAAGAAGAAUCCAUAUGUCAGAAUUAAUUUAAUAAUCCUAUUGGAAUAGGUAUAUUCAAUUUCUAACCUUUUAGUAUAACCAACUUAGGUCGUCUAAUAAAAACAAUAAGAAUAAGUUCAAGACAGUUAAAGUUAUCGAGGAACCUUUGGUAAGAAUCCAUUCUUUCAGCCUAAGUCUGAAGUUACAGAAAUUAUUGAAAAAAGCUACAUUGAAGAAGAUCUAUAUGAUGACAUGUCCGUUUUAAAAGAUAAGGUUAUGGGAUUAUUAUAAGCAUAUGCAGAUGACCUUAAAAAAUCAAAUAAUGAUCCUACCAUUAAAUCUAAAAUCUAAGUGGAUGCUAAAUAAGUCUUGAAGGAAUAUUCUUAAAUUAUUGAGAAGGUUAAUCAAUCUGAAAUAUCUUAAUUAAAUAUUUCCUAAAAUCAAGUCAAAAAAGUAUUCUUAUUUCCUUUACUCUUUUCAGGAACAAGAAUUAAAUUUGAUGUCCAAUUUGGUUACUGAAUUUUUGAACAAAUUUGAUAUGUAAAAACAGCCAGUUCUAAAUGUCUCAUAAGUUUUAGAAUAAAAAUUAGCCAAAUCAAGAGUUAGGAAUUCCAAUUAACCUUUAGAUAUUACUAUCAUGCAUUAAAUUCCAUGUGAUGAAACAUUUUAUCAACAUGAUUAAUAUAGUGAUGAUAAGUUGGAAGUUAAAAUUCACAAGCUUAAAUAAAUGCUCUAAGAUGAACUCGAUAAGUAAUAGCUUAUUUAUUCCAAAAAAAUAUUAUCAGAUAUGAUUUCAAAUUUGAAUCAAAUUUUAAUUGCAAAUGAUGCCCAAACUGUUAAAACAAUAAUUUAUAAAAUUGAGAAUUUGAUUAAAUAAAUACCAUAGGAAGAUUGUGGAUCUAUACAACUAUAUGAUUACAUGGCAAAAGCAAUGAAGGCAACCAAAAGAAAAAUGAAAUAAAUGGAUCCAUUAAAUUAAUAACAAGAAAAAACACUUAAAAGAAAAUUUUUUGAUUUAGCUACUCAAUUAAAAAAUAAAUUACCUUAAGAUCAUCCUGGAAGAAAUGAAAUGAUUUCAGUUCUCUAUGAUCUUUAUUGCUAGGCAAAUAAACCAGAAUAAAUGGAGGAAUUUAUUACAGGUCAAUUGGAUUUAGUAAAAUGA